AUGGCAUCAAGGGCCACAGAACCACAUAGAAGCUCAUUUUUUUCAGCGUGGUCUUCCACUGGUUCUAUAGUGGCCAUAGCGUCGUCAUGUGCUCUGGGAUAUCUCGCUGUAGAUUGGUUCAAACUUCGCGUCGCUCACGCUGAAGCACCUACAAAAGAAAAAGAGUUAUUGCCACCGGAAAGAAAAGAUCUCCCCAUAUUCAAGAAGGAGGACGUCAAGAAGCACGGGAAAGAUGCUGAAUCAAUUUGGGUGACAUACAAGGCAAGGAACUUGAAUGGUAUUGGAACAGUUAUCAGAGGAACUUGGGUAUUGGAACAGAAGUCAGGAGUCAGAUGA